AUGUCAUCCGGACCAGGCAUAGAAAUCACUGGUGACACACGUGUGUUUUGGGACGAAGAUACUUUAUCAAUUGCUGGUGCUUUCAAUCCGUUUCAUGUGAGAGUUAAUUUAACCGCUGCUCUUGCUAAGAAGAAUAUCCAUGGUUUUCUUGAGCUCAAUUACUAUUGUGACAAGAAUAUACCCAUCCCAGAUUCGUCCACGCAAGAGAAAUCCAGAUUCCACUUCUAUCCUGACGAUGAACCAGAUUCAGUUGGGAAAACUCUGAGGUCAAAAAUUAUGUUGACUCGCAUUCUUUUAUGGGCAUUCGACUUCAAUCCUGCGAACAAAGAAGGACCAGCUAAUUUGAUGAUUGUCUCAAACUCCGUCCCACAAGAUCCUGAGAUGAUCAGAGUUCUUCAGGCUUUGAGAAAGAGAAACUUCUCUAUUCUCUUAGUACGCUCGGAUAAGCUGGACAACGUCGAGUAUGCUGAUACAGGAGAUCUCCCCGUGGAAAACUUUGAUUGGCUUUGGGGAAGUCUCAUCUUUGGUGAUAAGCCUUUCAUCGACCCAUGUGAAACCCGUGCUGGUUCUGUCUUUUGUAGCGGCUGCCAUGCCAAAGUUUCAAUAAUCACUGAAGAUGAAGAUGAAGAUGAAUAA